CUCUUUCUUUCUUUCUUAUACACCUUCUUUGCAUUGUUAUUAACUUCCAAACUUCAAUGGGGGCUAGUUCUUUUACCCAAAAAAGAACCCCAUGAUGACACUGCAAAAAGCCAAAAGAAAUUCAAAAGCACUUAACAUGGUUCUGAGUCAACUUUUCAAAAUUCUGAUCCAAUUUUUGAAAAGUAGAGCAGAUAGGUCUCAUUUCUAAAACUGCAACACAAAGACCAAAACCAAACCAUCGUCACCUUCCUUCCUUCAAUGGUCCCUACAUCAUACAUCUCUCUUGUUGUUUAGUUCUUUCCUUCCCUCCAUUUUCUCUAUUGCGCUUCAUAUUCAAUUUCCACCUCAAACUGUUUAUGCCCACCACUUUUGAACUUCUCCACUAGCCUUUGGUUUUUUAUGCAUGCCCACUAACCAAUUUCAUUCCCAAAAGCUUAGUUGACCAUGAAAGUUUCAAGCUUUGACAACCCUUUGAGCUUUUCUUCUUAUCUCGCUUGAUGGGUCUUGUCUUGUGAUUUUGCUCACAGGGUCUUUUGUGGUGUUUGAGCUUCAUGGGGUUUCAGAGUUGAGCUCUGGUUUCUCGAAAGCUUGCACCUUUGAGCUGAUUGAAGCCUCUAUCUAGCUCAUUGGGUUCUUUCCUUUUUGGGUACCCUUGAGUCUAGAUUUGAAUUUUGGUGAAAGUGGGAGCUAUGGUUGCUGAAGCUUGGAUUGUGAAGAUGGGUAGGCAGGUGAGUGCUAAUCUCAAGCAUGCCCUUCUUCUUGAGCCUUCUGCAAAGAGAAAACAGGGUCCUAAAAGACAAGACAACAAGGUAAUGAUCGAAAUUCUGUCUUUUGAAGUAGCAAAUGUGAUGUCAAAAAUUGUUCACCUUCACAAGUCCUUGUCAGAGUCUGAGAUUACAAAGCUCAGGAAUGAGAUCUUGAACUCAGAGGGUGUUAGAAACCUUGUUUCCUCUGAGGAGGCUUAUCUUCUUGAGCUUGCUCGAGCAGAGAAGCUUGAGGAGUUGAACCGUGUUGCUAGUGUGGUUUCUAGGUUGGGGAAGAAGUGCUCUGUGCCUGCAUUGCAGGGUUUUGAGCAUGUUUAUGGGGACAUUGUUGGUGGGGUUAUUGAUGUGAAGGAAUUGGGUUUCUUAGUUAAGCAUAUGGAAGGAAUGGUGAGGAAACUGGAUAGGUAUGUUAGCACCACCAGGAAUUUGUACAGGGAAAUGGAGGUCUUGAAUCAAUUGGAGCAAGCGGUGAAGAAGCUUCAGCAUAGCCAGCACGAGGAGAGUAGAAGGGCGUUCGAGCAGAAACUCGCGUGGCAAAAGCAAGAUGUGAGGCAUCUGAAGGAGAUAUCACUCUGGAAUCAGACCUUUGAUAAGGUUGUUGAGUUGUUGGCCAGGACAGUUUGUACCAUUUAUGCUAGGAUCUGUAUGAUUUUUGGUGAUUCUGCUGGGAGGAAGCAUAGCCUUGGGCUUGGUGGAGGUUCACCACCAAUGCAAAAUGAAUGUGGAUUGAUGUCUCCCGGGAUUGAUUUUCAGAUGACUUCGGACAAGUUGAAACGCAAUCGUAGCAAGAAAAAUGGUUACCAAUUGAGUUCAACUAGGAGAGUUGCUGCUGAGACAAGGGGAGCUAUUAGUAGGACUCAUAUAGAUUUGAGGAGAGAAGAGUUAGCAUAUCUGCAAUUCGAAGAUCUUGGUUUUCCAUGUGGUACAAGUCCAGGGAGACUUUUCAUGGAAUGUCUAAGUUUAAGUAGCUCAGUUUCGAAUUUUGGUGAUGACGACGAUGGUGGUGGUUAUGUUAUUGAUCACGAGGAACAAUUUUGUCAAAUUCCUGGAAUUGGUAAUAGUGUGAAGAAAAGGGAGACCAUGUGCCUUUCUGGUGGUCUAAAUCAUGCUCAAACUGUCGUUCCUUCCACUGCUGGAGAUCCAAGACAAGUCAGGUCCGGUGUUCAAAGUUGCUCAGCAUUCGGUCCCAAGAGCGGAUUAGCUGUUUAUGCUCCUCCUUCCACUCUUGGAGGCUGUGCUCUUGCAUUGCACUAUGCCAAUGUCAUCAUUGUCAUAGAAAAAUUGCUUAGCUAUUCACAUUUAGUUGGGGAUGAAGCUAGGGAUGAUCUAUAUCAGAUGCUUCCGACGAGCUUAAGGUUAUCUCUGAAGGCUAAACUCAGGACCUAUGUCAAGAACUUGGCCAUAUAUGACGCCCCUCUCGCCCAUGAGUGGAAGGUGAAGCUUGACUCGAUACUUAGGUGGCUUUCUCCACUUGCGCAUAGUAUGAUCAGAUGGCAAAGUGAAAGGAAUUUCGAGCAACACCAAAUCGUUAGCAAGACUAAUGUGCUGCUAUUUCAGACAUUAUACUUUGCUGAUAGGGGAAAGACAGAGGAUGCUAUGUGUGAGCUUCUUAUCGGAUUGAAUUACAUAUGUCGCUACGAACAACAACAAAAUGCUUUACUGGGUUGUGCAAGCAGUUUUGAUUUUGAAGAUUGCAUGCGGCGGCAAUUGCGGUGUGGUGCAUCUUUUCUCAAUUGAAUACAGUCUUGAUGUUGUAAUCUUCAAAAUGGUGAGCAUUUCCUUAAUUAUACUACCAUAGAAGUCAUCAUUUUGAUACAACAUGAAGUUCUGAACUUUGUACAUUGAGGACUAACAUUGUUGAAGAUUUGGAUAGUGUAGUAGUAUUCAAUUGCAAUUGUACUCAUGCUGAAUUUGUACUCAUCAAGUAUAUAAGCAGUGAAAUCUAUAAAAUGGGCAGAAAAGUUCAUGCUGAA